ACGAUGGUUCCGCGGGGGGCGGUGACAGCGCGGGGCAGCACGGCCCCUUUAAGAGCGGCGCCGCCAUGAUCUGCCUGGUGCUGGGGCUCUUCGCCGGACUCUUUCAUAGUGCCCUCGGCGGGGUCAAUGAACGAACCUUCGUGGCCAUCAAACCGGACGGGGUCCAGCGGCGCCUGGUCGGGGAGAUCAUCCGGCGCUUCGAGAGGAAGGGGCUGCAGCUGGUGGGGAUGAAGCUGCUGCAGGCCUCAGAGGAGCUGCUGAAGGAACACUACAUCUCCCUCCAGGACCGUCCCUUCUACAGCCGCCUGGUGAAGUACAUGAGCUCCGGGCCCAUUGUGGCCAUGGUCUGGCAGGGCCUGGAUGUGGUGAAGACAGUUCGCACCAUGAUCGGGGAGACCAAUCCAGCUGAAUCCAGGCCUGGUACCAUCCGAGGAGACUUCUGUGUUGAAGUUGGCAAGAACGUGAUCCAUGGCAGUGACUCGGUGGAGAGUGCCCAGCAGGAGAUCUCGCUCUGGUUCCGCCCGGAGGAGCUGCCGUGCUGGGAGGACACAGCUGCACGCUGGAUCUACGAGUGAGGAGCAAUCCCAAGGGAAGUUCAUCUUCCUGCUGGGACACCGGACAUUUCCAUCCAUUUCAUGGCAGCUGCUGGGGCUGGCUGCAGAUCCUCUGUGGGAUUCCUCUUCUGCCUGUGGGAUCCUGGGAGCUGGGCUGUGUGUGGAACUCUGUGGUUCAGCUCCUGCCAAUGGGAGCUGUUUCUUAUUUUUUUCUCUCUCUGCUCUACUAAGUAGUUGGUACUGUUUCUCUGUUUGCUGCAGCAUCUUAAAUCCCAAAUAGCUCAAGCUGAUUCACUGAAGUAAAACUUGGGCUCUUGGCCCAUUCCUAGGUGUUCUCAUCCCUGCCUGAAAUAGGAGAAUGCAUUUUCCUUGCUGCUGGGAGAGGUGCUGGUCACAAGGUGAUUGGCUUGACAAUUCAUCUGUAUUUCUAGAAGGCUUUUCACCAAAGGCUUUUAAAGAACUGGGCUGCUGUAGGAUAAGGGAGUAAAUUCUCAUUUUGGAGUUCAUUCUAAGACAAGGAAUGAAGGACGGGACAACUCUCUCUCCUUUGAUGUGCUGGAGCUUGCACAAGCUCACCCAGUUUCAGAUGUGAUGAGUGAGUCCAUGGAAGAAAGGUUCUCCAAAUGCUGUUAAACACACAAUUCCUCAGGCUCUGGUUCCUGGGCUGUGGCUGCUGGGAGUCCCUCUGUCACUGAUGUGAAGCAGCAGCACUGGGGCAGCCACAGGAAUAAAAGGGGAAGAGGGAGGCAGGGAAGGAUUUGUGGAUCUGGGACUCAGGAAGGACUGUUUAGUGGAGUAUUUAGUUCUCCCUUGUGCGCAGCACGGGCUGGAGAGUCCUGGCACUGAGCUCUGGCAGAGCCCAAGAUCUUCCUUGUCCUCCCAAGAGCUUGCAGAGGAGCUUUCCUGCUGGGAGGGUAUCUGGAAACCAGUUUGUAAUGGGCUGGACACCACCUGUGAGCUGUCCCUGGGCCACCCAGCUCCUCAGAGUUCUGCUGUGUCUGAGUUCCCUGUGCAGCCUCACCAGAGCAUAAGAACAGGGACAGUGACAUGGAAUCCUGCCAUGAAACAGGGACAUGGUUAAACAGGGAGCAAGAUCCCCAGGGCAUCCUGUGUGCAGGAUGAGUCUGACCUGUGCCCUAAAAACUUGUCCCUUUGAGUCCUCAGCUUUGUAGGUGCUGGGGAAUGAGGACAGCUCUUGGGGGGCAGAGUGAAGUCACCCUCACGCCUGCUCUGUGCUGGCUCCAGGGUGGUGGGGCUGAGCAGGGCAGGGCUGAGAGGUCUCCCUCCAGUGAGUGGGGCUGUCCAGCUGCCUCAGCCAAGGCUCCUCCUGCCUUGGGGCCUUCUCCAGGCACCAGUGUCCAGCUUUAAAUACUUGACAGAUCUUGUUUGUUCCUGUACCUUGCCUACUUGGCUGAACUUGGGAGUCUGGCUCCAGCAGGGCUGAAGGAGAAGAUGCUGGUGAAGAUCAAGGCGUGAAGUGAGUGGGAGGAAGGCCACAUUUGUUGUUUAACAGAUGCAUUGAGAAGAGCUGAUGGCACUAAGAGCUGCUAGCUCUGACACAGAAAAACUCAGCCCAAAUACCUGAGCUUCAUCUCCUGCUCUUGCCUCUUCCUGAAGGAUCCCUCUUCUCCCUGUCUACAUGGAUGAGAUUUUAGAUGCCCUCCCAGUCUUAAAGCCCACUGAACUCCAGUCAGGUAACAGACCUGACUCAUCAAGACACAAUCCCAGGCCAGUCCUCUCCUCUCCUCUGUGUGUGUGUGUACGUUUGGUGUCUGCCAUGACCUCGUCCCGCUCUGGGGCACGAUGGAGCAGCAGCUGCAGGGAAAGGGCCCCCAGAGGCACUGCUGGAAGCAGGGACAGGAGCUGAGCUGUGGGUGGUCUUCCUCGAGCCCCUGGGGACUUCUAGUUGCUUUGCAUGUUGGUUCCUGCUGCUUCUCCUCUGUCCAAGACUGUGUUAAACUGAAAUAAUAAAAGUAGAAGCUGUC